UACUUGCUCAGAUCCGCCUUCGGAGUUGAGCAGGGAAGUUAGAACAAGCGGUGACUUUGUGGGAAAAACGCGCAUUGCUGUGUUGACACAGAAAACCUCCUGAUGGCCACCUUUUUCGGGGAAGUCUUGUCUGUGUACUCCAGAGCUGUGGAGGAGGAUGAAGAUGAAUUAGAAGAUGAAAGCGAAGAGGAUGUGCAAAUCCGGAGAGAAAUAGAAAACAAGAGAGAAGUCCAUGUUCACUGGAGCUCAGAGAUCACAAAGUCAACAGACAAACCCUUUCAGUGCAGUGACUUUAUCAUAGGAGUGGGACACAAUGCAGCAGGGUUUCUCUCGGCCUUUGUCCUGAGCUCUGGGAGCUGGGAGGCAGUGGGGUCGGCCAGCCUGUGGAACGAGAGGAGCAGGGGCUCCAGCCAGCCGGCGGGAGAGCCCUCCUGUAGGUUCUACAGGUCGGCGGGCUGCUCCUCGGUUCUAAUAUGUCUGUGCACGUGCUUUGUAGCUGAAGACCAGUUAUUCCAGUGGACUGAAAAGGUCUUCGGCUUUAUCCAGACGAGAGGCCUGCAGGUGCUGGUGCUGUCGGACGCGUCUGUGUCCGAGUACACAACGGCAGAUCCCGUCUCCGCCAGUCCAGUGCCCUUCCUGAGAGCCUUGAAGUCCAGCGCCUAUCAAGACAGGGUGCACUGCCCCAUGAUGGAGCAGCCCAACAUCGUCACCUGCCUUCCUGCUGCAGUUCUGAGCCACUGUCAGGUUCAUCAGAUCCCAGCUGUCCUGUAUCAGUGCUACAGUGAUGUCGUCAGUCCUGAUACCGUCACCAUGGAGACCUACAAGCCAGCCCUGCCUUGUCUGAGCAAGUUAGUAACGCUGGACUCCAGUCCUAGUAUUGAUGUCCUCAGGAAAGUGGUCAAAUCCAGUGAAUCUCAAAGUAAUCUCUACACUUAAACCAACAGUAAAAUUUAUUUUUUAUUUUUUUUCUCAGCUGUAUUUUUUGUAAUGAUGUAGAUUAAUACUUGUAAAAAUGAAUAAAUGA